AACGAGGGUAUCAUGCAGAAAAUCGCGAACAAGCAGCGCGAGCGCGCCAAAUUGGAGAAGGACGCGAAGGGAGGCGACAAAAGUACUUCUACUUGAAUAGUAGUGAUCUAUCUGCUUGAAUACUUCUGCUUGAAUAUACCCGCCACUUUCAUCCGUUACUUUUCAUCUUCGCGCCACUUAUCCUUCAUCUUCGCGAGAAGGAUAAAUGCAAUUAUAACUGCUGUUUUUUUCGUGAGCAAAAGUGGGGUUUGCCUUUGUGCAGCGGCAGCCGUUAGCAGCUUGAGCCAUCAUUGUUGAUUUAUUCACACGUCGUGGUGCAGCUGUUAAUUUCUACAUCUACAACGCGUAACAGAGGACGAAAAGAAGCUGGCGCAGGCCCGGAUGGCCAUGGAAGAGUGCGAUCGCCUGAUCCAGGAGCUCGAGGGAAAAUUGGAGACGACUUUUGAGUUUAAGGACGCGGACGGGAACAAGUUGACGUACGAAUGGGCCGAGAAGCAAGGUGGCGGCUUGAUGGGGAUGAUCGGGUAAAAACGUAGAUUUACAUACAAUUUCUCGAAGAUGAACGCGCUAAAAAUUAUUCUUUUGCAUGUCCAGCUAUGCUCUGGUUUCAUCUUCAUGUUGAUUUUCAUCCUCGUUGUCGUAUCUAUCACCGCAGGCUGGGCGCCAAGAAGGACGGGAGCUGCUUGGUAAAGGUUUUGUACAACGGAAAAGUGCUCGGAAG